CUUUUCCGGCGUAUGACUCUUUCUUUGCUCCUUUCAUAUUUGUGAAUUUAGCAUAUAAACAGUGGUUUUCCGAUCUCAAAAAAAUUCCUGGCAUUCUUCCUAUCGCAACGACGACAUUACCCCACCAUAGACUUUCCCACAAUGUGCCCCGGUGCAGAGAACGAGCCCAAUGGGCAAGCCAACGGUGCCAAUGGCCAGAACAUCAAUAAUGCCGAUCACCCCGGCUUCACUGCUGUACAGACUCGCAACAACCCUCACCCCACCCGUAACCCCUACGGCCACAGCGUCGGUGUCACCGACUUCCUGAGCAACGUCUCUCGAUUCAAGAUCAUUGAAUCCACCCUCCGUGAGGGUGAGCAGUUCGCCAAUGCUUUCUUCGACACCGAGAAGAAGAUUGAGAUCGCCAGGGCUUUGGAUGAUUUCGGUGUGGACUACAUCGAACUUACCAGCCCCUGUGCCUCGGAGCAGUCGAGACUCGACUGCGAGGCUAUCUGCAAGCUUGGCCUGAAGUCCAAGAUCCUUACUCACAUUCGCUGCCACAUGGAUGAUGCCCGUGUGGCCGUUGAGACGGGAGUUGAUGGAGUUGAUGUCGUCAUUGGAACCUCCUCGUACCUCCGUGAGCACUCUCACGGAAAGGACAUGACCUACAUCAAGAACACCGCCAUCGAAGUCAUCGAAUACGUCAAGUCCAAGGGCAUCGAGAUCCGAUUCUCGAGCGAAGACUCUUUCCGCUCUGACCUCGUCGAUCUCCUGUCCAUCUACUCCGCCGUCGACAAGGUCGGUGUCAACCGUGUCGGUAUCGCCGAUACCGUUGGCUGUGCCUCUCCCCGCCAGGUCUAUGAGCUCGUCCGUGUGUUGAGAGGUGUGGUGGGUUGCGACAUCGAGACCCACUUCCACAACGACACUGGCUGCGCCAUUGCCAACGCCUACUGUGCUCUGGAGGCUGGUGCCACCCACAUCGAUACCUCCGUCCUUGGUAUCGGUGAGCGCAACGGUAUCACCCCCCUGGGUGGUCUCAUGGCCCGCAUGAUGGUUGCCGACCCCGAGUACGUCAAGAGCAAGUACAAGCUGGAGAAGAUCAAGGACAUUGAGGACCUUGUUGCCGAGGCUGUUGAGGUCAACAUUCCCUUCAACAACUACAUCACCGGUUUCUGUGCCUUCACUCACAAGGCCGGCAUCCACGCCAAGGCCAUCUUGAACAACCCCAGCACCUACGAGAUCAUCAACCCCGCUGACUUCGGCAUGACUCGCUAUGUCCACUUUGCCUCUCGUCUGACGGGCUGGAACGCCAUCAAGUCGCGUGCUCAGCAGCUCAAGAUCGAGAUGACCGACGAGCACUACAAGGCGUGCACGACCAAGAUCAAGGCUCUGGCCGACAUCCGGCCCAUUGCCGUCGAUGAUGCCGACAGCAUCAUCCGUGCCUACUACCGCAACCUCAAGUCGGGCGAGAACAAGCCCCUCCUGGACCUCACGGCUGAUGAGCAGGCUCAGUUCCACGCCAAGGAGAAGGAGUUGGCUUCCCAGGCCGGCGUUAUCGGCUAAGCGCUAUAUCAAUUUCGUCUAGCAGCAUUUCCGUCGUUCUUAUCUUUCGUGCCUUUCCCUUGCUUUUGUUCUUGAUUCCACAGUGGAAACGGAGCACCAGUUGGCAUAGAAAGCCUGGUUUUCUCAGAGCUUAGAGGCCAUGCGUUUCCCAUCUCUUCCAGUAUGGAAGGCGUUGGUUUUACUCUCAUGAUUUGAUGUUUAUUUACGCGUCUUGGGGUUCGUUUUACGGGGUUUUGAAAAGUCGUUUUUCUUUUUUCCUUUUCCCUCACGAGAGUAAAAAAAGAAACCCAUAGAGGAAAGAAACCGGUGUUGGGAGAAUGUAUAUAAGUAGUCUUGUUAAUUUGUUGGUAUGUAGUGCGCUGCAUAUGAAGAUUUCACCACAAAUACAGAUAUUUAC